AUGGCCGACCAAGUUGUCACCGUCUACUCGAAUGAUCACCAAGACUACUCUGUUAAAUCCAAUAAGAAGAGAUUGGCCGAUGGUUUACCAGAUGAUGCCUCCAAGAAAUUAAAGGUUCCAGACCAAAUCGUUGCCAGUCCAAAGAUUAACAACAAUGUCACACACGACGCCGAUGCCAAAGCUAAAAAGCCAAGAAAGAACGAAGCCAUCUGCACAGUCUGUGAGAAGUCCGACAAUCUCUUGAUGUGCGACGGUCCAUGCCUCCGUUCAUUCCACAUCGAUUGUAUCGGUCUCGAUUCAAUGCCAACCUCACGUUGGGAGUGUUCAGACUGCUCCAAGAACCAAAAUAUAUGUUUUGCCUGUAAGGAGCGUGGUAUCAUCAAUAUGAAUCUCACCAAGUGUAAAGUACACCAAUGUGGAAAGUUCUACCACAACAAAUGCAUCUCAGAGUUCAAGUUGACCAAGGUUGUCAAUACCAAGUCACCACGUUUCAACUGUCCACUUCACUACUGUGAGUCAUGCGGUGUCUCUGGCGAUGGCAAACAGUCAGUCCACUGUUUCCGUUGUCCAACUGCCUACCAUGUCAUAUGUAUGCCACCAGUCGUCAAGAUGCUCACCAAAUCCAAAGAGACAAGAAAGACUGGUCUCAUUCUCUGUCCAAAGCACUAUAAUGAACAAGGUGUUGUUCCACAGCAACAACAACAACAGCUCCACUCCAGUGGUAGCAUCACCCCACAAUUAAAAUCACCACAAACCACCUGUGGUCACUCACACUCACACCAGCAUCCACAUCAACAUCAACACCAACAACAAACACCUCAAUGUCACAGCCAAAAACACAAUGUCACAUCCCCAUCCUCCUCAUUUUUCACACCAAUGUCACCCAUUUCGUCGCCACCUUUCUCACCGGUCGAGUCACCACGUUUCAUCUCUUCCUCCUCGGAAUUUAUCAAUCAUUCAUCUACACCCUCUUCACCCAUGCACAUUGGACAAUACAAUAUUUUAAAUUCAAGCAACAACAGCACCAACAAUUCAAUAUACGACCAACUGAAGCAACAACAAAUGUUUUUGCAACUCCAAGAGCGUGUUACCCAAAGUGACUUUACCACUGAGCGUCCACGUUCCUUCAGCAAGCGUAACAGCAACGGAAGCGUACCAUCGAUUUCCACAGCACCAUCUCCUGCUCUCUCACGUUCAAACUCGAGUGAACACCUUCUAGAGCUUACUGAGCUCACCUCCUACGCGUCGAGACUCAUUGAAAUUCGUGAUAGUAAUAACAAUGUCAACUCCAAAGACAACAACAACAACAAUAAUAAUAAUUAUUCGGCCGAAAACAAUAAUCAAUCUAUAAACAAUAGUAAUUUCCAAUUUUCACAUAUACUUAAUAGUAAACCAACAAAUUCAUACAACAACAAUAAUAACAACACUUUCAACAAUGAAAUUGACCAAUCAAAGUUAAUCGGUCAAUUCCUACAGUUUGCCCAUACCAAGAAGAUUGGUUUCCAAGGUGCCUCCAUUCUCUCAGCACCAUCCACUCCAACUAACUACUCUCCGCACCAAGUGCCAAGUAUCAAAUCUUCAAGCCAACGUCCAUCCUUCUAA